AUGUGCUGUAGGGACUAUAUUUGGCAACAUGGUGAUGGUAACAGCGCACCAGCUGUGUCAAAGCUACAAGUGUCAUCUAUGCGCUAUAUUGUUGCUUUACUGAUUAUUGUAAUUAUUACUAACCCUGUUACUUCUAAGACGGUAAAACUAUACGAUAAAUACUAUCUAUUAGGCGAAAAAACAUUAGAUAUUCUAGAUAACGCUGUUUCAUAUUUACAAAAGCAAUAUAUACGUUUAUGCCAACCGUCGCUAAUAGGAUUACGAAUAGCCCAAGGACAAUUUGAAGUUAUUACUAAUGAUCGGCGCUUUUUUAAUAUGACGCUGUAUUAUGAUGCUUUACAAAUGUAUCAUCAAAUCUCUCGGUUACUACUGGCUGAUGCAACAUCUGAAGCUACAUAUUGGUCGAAGAAAAAUCAAAAAUAUCAUUCAAGUAGUAACACCCUAGUAUCGCAACCUUGGAAAUUAUCUAAUUUGGACCGUGAAUUUAAGCUCAUACCUGUUCAGAUUCGAAAUGAACGUAUAUACGAUCAUGGGAUACAUCAUGGUAAUGAUUACGGUAUGGCUUGCCUAAACGAGUUAAUGGGUCAAAGAAAUGCUAUGCCAUGUACAAUAUCAGCUGAAUGCUGGCAGAGUAACAUCCUGGAAGACCUACAAGGUCAUAAGCUUGUACGGCAAAUUAUCUAUUUUAUGCUCGCAAAAGAUUUAAAAUGUCAUGCACAAGUGACACAACGUUUACUUCAUCAUAGCAAAUACCAUGACGUAAAUGAUUUACUGCAAGCAUUUUGUUCUUAUGCUUAUCUGGAGGUUAAAACUUUAUAUGAGCAAUACGAUCUUAAAAUGAUUCAAGCUCAACAAAUAUUUUUAGAGGAAAUCGUAUUUUGUGCAGCAUCUGGCUUCUCAGAUUUCUACAAUUAUAAUUUUAUGAAAGAAGUUUUUCAAUACCAAUCGUUUAGUGGAUGUUUCUCAAUGUCUAAAUCAAGGAGAAAAAUUCGAAAUAUCGACCAUAAUGAGAAGCAAGAUGCCUAUUGCCCUAAAUUAAAAGGUACUAUCUUUUUCCUUAGUUCCGUAGGUUUCAUAUAUUACCAUGUAGAUGAAUUUUAG